AUGGAAAGAGAUCAAAAUUCAGCGUCCGAAAUAACGGCGGGCCAAGAACAAAACCCAUCCGAUUUUACGUUUUUUGCAGAAGAUAUCACCGACCUCACACUGUUUUAUGAACCUUAUGAAAAAUGCGGAGAUAAUUCUUACAACGAAUGCUUUCUUGAAUUGUCUGUAGACACCAAUGUGUCGAUAUCUUGCGCAAUUCUUGUCGACUCAAAAUCGACGGAAUCCCCAAAAGAGUUCAGUUGUAAAAGAUGGGCGUUUGCUCAAUUUGAAGAUGAUCAAAUUAUUGAGAUAAGCCACGAAGCUAGAGACGGUGAUAGUAGUUUUGACGCGUCAACAAUAUCGAGAGUUGAUGAUCGUGAUUCUCCUCUUUGUGGUUUCAAACAGAGUGGUGUUAAACUCUCACAAGGCAGGAUGGCGGAGAGUGAUAUCACCAAUGCUACAGAGAAUUGCAAGGACUCACUUGAAUCCAGCACUGCUGCGAUCCGAGAAGACGAGAUGCACCCUGUUGGUCCUGAAUUGAAAAACGACUCGAGUCAUGAAAGUUUAGGAGUCUUGGCAGUAGAAGAAUUUAAAAUUGAAAACAAUGGCGACAAGAUAGAUGGCAAUGAUGACAAUGAUGAUAACUUUGACAGUGUCACUGCAUAUGCUUUGGAGGAAAAGGUUGCGAGAAAAAGAGAAAAACGGAGGAAGGCAAGAUUAAGAAGGAAAGAGCGAAAGAUGAAAGAGGCCGACAAACAGAAAGAUAAACCCCUGAGCGAAUACCAACCAACGGAAAUCAAAGGUGUCGCGGAAACAACGGAGGGCCUUGGCGAAGAGACGGGGUCAGAGAAUGACAAACGUGAGGACAGCGCUGCAUUGAUUCACCAGAGGGAUAAAAAGGCUAAACUAAAAAAACGCUUCAAAUCUGGAGGUCUUAUUAAGGCCAAAAUGUAUUCACCUGUUGAGAGUGCGUUCAAGACCUUGACGACGUAUAGACGGUUCCUGCUGCCCAGACUUUUUCAGUCACUGUCCAAAGAAGUCGAAGCCUUGGCUUAUUUCCAAAUUAGCAGCCUACAAGACAGCUACAGAAAUAUCUGCGAGGUUACCAUCGACAAAGAAAGUGAUGAACUCAAGCGCCAAAAUUUCUCUGAAAGACCUUCAUUUGCCCCUUUCGGCACAAGACAAGCAAUUAUUCUAAGUUCAGAAGACGAAAAGCGUGUUUGGUUUACCAAAGUCUUGUCGCAAACUGAAACUAAAAAAACCUUUAAACUGAUCUUGCAGCUCUACGGCUUCAGGCAGCCCAAAAUGCCGCUUGACUGGUCACACGCCAAAACCAAAUUGCUGCCUGGAAGCGCCGUGGAAACAAGGAUGCUGGAAGCGCUUGUGAGGAUUCAAGAGUCCCGCUUUCUUACUUUUGUCUUGGGAAGACUGUCACCCAAAAAUAUUAUCUUCAACAAAAGUGCUUUGCAGCGCAGCGAGAACCUAAAUUAUUCUCAGCUGCUAGCAGUGAAUGCGACGCUGAAGGAGAAGUAUACGGUCAUUCGAGGGCCUCCGGGAACUGGGAAGACCUCUGUCAUUUCUGCGAUCAUUCGGAAGCUGCUUGACCGCAAUAAAGGAUGGCCUAUUUUGUGCGUAGCGGAAUCUAACGUUGCUGUAGAUAAUUUGUGCGAAAGGCUGCUUGAUGUUGUUGAUAAUGCUAGCUUGCUGAGGGUGACGUCUGUUUCCAAAGAGCUAGAAUACUCUUCAGACAAGAAAUUAGGUAAAGCUUGCUUGCACAACAAAAUGUUUCCGCUUUUGCCGGGGCACCUCAGAGUCGUUAAAAAAUUGUUGCUCGAGAAAGGAGCGAGUUCAAUUGACGCCAAGAGUUACAGAGAGUUGAUGGUAGCCCAGUCAAAAAUAAAGAAGCGGUUGAUAAGUAAAGCAAAGGUCGUGCUCACUACGAACAUAACCUCGGGAGGCCUAGAGUACAAAGAUUUUUUCGAGUUUGGAACCGUUAUUAUGGAUGAAUCAACACAGGCAACUGAACUUUCUUCAUUGGUUCCCGUGUCGCUUCCUGGCGUCGAAAAAAUUGUCCUUGUUGGGGACGAAAAGCAGCUGUCCAGCUUUGCAAGCGAUUCUUGGGGUAUGUCUUCCUUAUUUGAACGGACCUUAAAUAACAAAAGAUGUUUUCCAAUGCUGCUGGACACUCAGUACAGAAUGCAUCCUCUUAUUUCCGAGUUCCCCGCCACGAAGUUUUAUGAGGGUCUAUUAAAGGACGGAAUUAGCUUCAGUGACCGAAAAUGGUCCACUCCAACGCCUGUCAUAUCGUUUCAUUACUUCAAGAAUGCCGAAGAGUCCCAAAAAUUUGCGGGUCAAGGUUCUAUUCGCAGACUCUCUUACCAAAAUGCGCAAGAGGCAGCAGCAGUCUUGAAAAUUGUACAAGACUUGAUUUUUCGCAAAAGCGUCUCUCCCGAUCAGAUUGGUGUGAUUGCCACCUAUGCUGCUCAAAGAGAUUUGAUUGCACAUUUGAUGGAAAGAGAUCCACUCAUCAAUCCAAAGCGCUCCUUUUUGGUGAGGAAAGCAGAUAUGGAAAGCGCUGAGCAUCGCCCGACCGUCAAGGCAACCUUGGUCAGUAUCAAUGGUAUCAAAGUUGCAACCGUUGAUGCAUUUCAAGGCCACGAAAGGAACUUUAUAAUCCUGUCUUGCGUGAGAAGCAAUAAAACGGGAAAGAUUGGAUUCACUUCGGACAAGAGAAGGCUCAACGUUGCACUCACUAGAGCUCGGUAUGGUUUGUUUAUUGUCGGAGACAAAGAAACUUUGACUGCCGGUAGCAAAACAUGGCGAACAUUGAUCAAACACUUCAAGAAGAAGGAUGCACUAAUAGACGGUCUCAAAGGUAUAGGCAAAGAAGUCUCAUAA